AUGGCAUCAAGGGGUAUAAAAAUAUUAUGCAACAAAUGUGAUAAGGAAAUACAUCAUAAGGAAUUUCUUAAAUGUUAUGUAUGCAAAUACAUUUAUGAAAUUGAAUGCUUAAGUACAACAUCCAAACGCUUCUAUCUAAUGUCUAAAGAACGUAAACUUAAAUGGAAGUGCCAAACUUGCUUGGGACAGAAUACAGAUGUUACAGAAGCUAAAACCCCACAAAAACUAAGCAAUACGACAAAAUCAUGUUCAUUAAAAAAAACUUUGCGUACUGAUGAAAACAUAACACAGAGAAAGCCAAGAGUGGGUAAAUACAUUUCAAUUGAAGAUUUAUCAAGUAAUGAGAUCUUAGAAAGCUCCACAUUCUUAGAUGAUAGUUCACAAAGUUUACCUAAUUUGACAACCACGGAAAGCUCCCUGAUUAAUGAUCUUAGGAAUGAAAUACAUGCGCUUUCUACACAACUAUCUAGCGCACACAACGAAAUAGAUUUAUUAAAUUUGGAAAUCACAAAACAUCAAAAGAAAAUUACUGAACAGCAAAAGAAGCUCGAUAUAUACAAAAAACUUUUGUCAAAUGGAGAAGUAUCUUCACGAAGGUCAACACCGUUGAAGUUAGAUAAAAUUACACCGAUAAAGUUAGAUAAAAUUAUAUCCAAAUCACAGGAUACGAAUAGUAAAACCAAAGUUGAACAAAGUCUAAAUACUCAUUCGAUCAUAGAAAAAGACCUAAAACUGCAAGAAAUUUGCAUAGAAAAAAAGAAAGAUGUAUGCAAUACAUCCAAUAAAACACUUAUGUCCCCUUUACCUUUAGCAACAUUUACGGAGGCAAAACCUAAUAUUAAAAAGAAUACGAUCACAAUUCUUGGGGAUGAAAAUACGUCGGGUUUAUCUUCAGCUUUAUACAAAUCAAGAGAAGGAAAAUGGAAUAAUAAGUAUAUGCCAUUAGCUAUAAUAAAACCAAACGCUUCCUCAUGCGAUAUUUUAAUGCAUUGCAACCAACUUGAAUAUACAGUAACAUUAAGUGACUAUGUUAUAUUGUGUGUUGGGAGCCAUGACUAA